AUGGUCAAAUCCACACCUCGACCGAUUGAUCAUUACUGGCACAAACGCGGAAUCUGUGGAGUUAUCAGCCGUGCUACACUUCGCGCCCUUCAGUUUAUCUUCGCUGUCACGGUCGCUGGUCUCUAUGGUGUCGAUUUAGCACACGCUACGAAGACCAAAACCCAUGCCCACACGGAAUGGAUAUAUGCCGAAUUUGUUGCUGCACUCUCAGCUCUGACUUGCAUUGUGCAUUGCUUCGUCACUGUGACUCAAGUCGCAUGGUCAGCUUGGGAUGGAGUUUUGUUCAUCCUUUGGGUUGCUCAGGUGGGCGUUUUUAGGACAGUCUAUGGUUCCUCAGUCGACAUAGAACAUAGUAUUGCGACUCUUUCAAUCCCUCGUAUGCGCGCUGCGGUGUGGAUUGACCUUGUCAAUAUGCUUCUUUGGUGUGGGACAACAGUGCUCGGCAUUGGGUGGUGUAUCCGCACUCGCAAGGUCAAUCGAAGACUUGACCGGGCGGAUAGCGUGAAGGGAAAAGGCGACGAGGAGGUCGGUCUAUGGAUUGAAGAGGAGAAGAAUGUAAAAGAGUUGGUUGGCAACGCCGAUGACGACAAAUGUCUGCAGGGGAACACCGAAUCUUUACCUGUGUCAGUGGACAAGAAACCUACCGGGCAAGAUAAAGAAGACCUCACAUAA